ACAAACUCGCUAUAAGCAUCUUUUUCUUUUUCUUACAAGUGUCUCUUGUUUCUUAACUCUUCUUACAGUUUUCAAUUAUAUUUCAAUAUUUUAUUUUCAACUACAACAAUAACCUGUAGCCGCCUCUAAAACUCUUGGAUCCUUUCAACAAGCUCUCUGUUGAUUUCUUGCUGUGGUUUGUUUUCAUCAUCAAUCAGUUUUCAGACAGACUAUUCGCUAUGGAUUGGUAUUACGGAUGUGGAACGAACGAUUUUGUUGUACCGGGCGAUCAAGAUCUAUUGGCUACGCAUCCUUCACCGGAAAAUUGGUCUAAAUGGGGAAUUAACGCACCGGAAGGUUACAAUUCGCCUAAGAAUUUCAUGAGCAUGGAUUCGAAUACAACAGACGCAGAAUUCAACUUCGAUGGCGAAAGUUUCAGUAACCGAGUCAAGUUCGAAUCGUCUUCCUACGAUAAAGCUCAAUCUAGCAGCUCAAGUGUAUGUGAAGGACUGACUGAUCAAUCGUUUCAACAAUCAUCGGUUUCACAUCAUCAUCGUCGUCAGACGAAUUACCAGCUUCAAGAACUUUCAUCAAGUUUCGAACAGACCGAUGACAUUUUCUUGGAUUCGAUACUCGAAGAUUUUCCAUGCGCUGAAAACCUAAACAAGUCCUUUUACUUUUAUCCUGAAAACCAAUGCAGCAAUUCACCCGGUGGAUUGCAGAGAGAUAUGGCAGCUUCUGAGUUUCUUUCAUACAACUCGAAUUCCGAUGAUUGCUUGAAUAUAGAGACACUCCAAAUCUUGGAUCAUUCUGAGCAAUUCAAUGGAGAUGAAUCAAUGCAUACACACUCAUCUAUUGAGGAAUCAACACUUCAGAAUCUCGAGGCAAUAAUUUCACAGUUCAACGACAAGACUCGAAUUAGCUUCCGAGACGCACUUUACCGCCUCGCCAGAGACACAAAACAACAGCACGCCGUAGACGAUCUGGAUGGCGAUAUUAGCAUGCAAGAAGCCCUGAGGUCCGACGACAAGCAACCGAUGGAAUCAGAAACCAACAGUGUUGACAGAGCGGUCGCAAAUCUCAUGUUCAAUGGAACCGCAUACUGCGAAUGCUGAUCAUAUGCUGGAGUUUGCUAAGGCAAUGCAAUUCCGAGCUGAAAAAGCUAUAUGAAUGAAUAAGCAAAAAGCAAUUCCCUGUAAAUAUAUCAGUUUGCACCAGAAAUUAUAAGUACUAUGGAACUUUUGUUGAAGGAAUAGCUGUUUCUACCCAGCAAAAUUUUGGCUGUAAUGUAAGUGAUUUAGGAUUCUUAGGUGUUGUUUUGCUUAGUGUGUUUAUGAAUGAAUUUUUUUUAUUAACUAGCUAUUAGUGAUCCACUAAUGAGGACCUUGAUACUUUGUCUUAUUGUAAAUGAGUGAAUUUAUCAACCAGCUGUUUGCAAA